UUUCCUUUCUUAUGUGCGUGUGUGUGUUUGAUGACUGCGGGGAAUUGGCUGCCGUGAAUAAUUCGCAAAUAAAUCGCUGAAAAUGGCUAAAAAGAAAAGUGAAGAUCAUUCGGGAGCCGAUGCAAAUGAUAGCGACUACAACGAGGAACCAAAUUUCGACGAUCCACCCAAUUUUGUGGACAACAUCAGCGAUGAAGAUUUACUUGGCGAUAUGUUGGCGCAACGCCCCUCAGAGGCCGAUGGUGUCGAAAGUGUCGUCGUGGUCGACAACAUGCCGAAAGUGGAGCCAAGUCGUCUCGACAAACUGAAGUCGGUAAUCAACAAGCUGUUCUCGCAUUGCGGCGAGAUUGUUAACGUUGUCUAUCCCGUCGAUGAGGAGGGCAACACGAAGGGCUAUGCGUUCAUGGAGUAUAAGACCGCCAGCCAGGCUGAGGAUGCGGUCAAGAAGCUGAAUAACCAUCGUCUGGACAAGAAUUACACCUUUGCCGUUAACUUAUUCACGGACUUCCAAAAGUAUGAAAAUAUACCUGAGAAAUGGGAGCCGCCAACUGUGCAGCCUUUUAAGGUCCAGAGCGAUCUGUACAAUUUCAUUAAUGAUCCUGAUACCUACGAUCAGUACUGCGUGGCUGCGGAAACUGCGCCAAAUUGUGUGCAGGUUGGCUUCUGGCAGAAUACGCUGCCGGAGCCCAAUGAGCUGGAGACCCGUGAACGUUUCACCGAUACAUUUGUGAAAUGGUCACCACUGGGCACCUAUGUGGUUACGUUCCACAAGCCAGGUGUCGCCAUUUGGGGCGGUAGUAGCUUCCAGAAGAUUCAGAAGUUUCCGCAUCCUGGCACUCAAUUCGUUGAGUUUUCGCCCUGCGAGAAUUAUUUGGUCACGUAUGGACCAACGCCAACCGGGCAGAAGAUCAUCAUUUGGGAUAUACGCACCGGUGGCGAGAAGCGCUCCUUUGUCGGUGAUGGAAUGUCAGUGUUGUCCAUGUUCCGCUGGUCGCACGAUGACAAAUAUGUUGCGCGUAUGGGUGAAAGCUCGAUUCACAUCUAUGAAACACCGUCGUUCUAUUUGCUGGAUCUGAAGUCUAUCAAGAUACCCGGAAUACGUGGAUUUUCGUGGUCGCCCACCGACAACGUGAUUGCCUAUUGGGUGGAGGAGCAGAAUCAGAUACCCGCUCGAGUUACAUUAAUGAAGAUACCCAAGAAGCGGGAGAUACGCAACAAGAACCUUUUCCACGUGGCCGACUGUAAGCUGCAUUGGCAAAAGUCUGGCGAUUAUCUGUGCGUCAAGGUUGAUCGCUACUCCAAACUGAAGAAGGACAAAAAGGAGCUGGACGUCAAGUUUCUGGGCAUGUUCUACAAUUUUGAAAUAUUCCACAUGCGCGAAAAGGAAAUUCCCGUCGAUUCGAUCGAGAUACGCGAACUGAUCCUUGCCUUCGCCUGGGAGCCAAUUGGUAAUAAGUUUUCGAUAAUACAUGGCGAACAAAAUUCGGCCAACGUUAGCUUCUAUGAGGUGAACAAGGGCGUGAAGCCCAGUCUGGUCAAGCGUCUGGAGAAGAAAUCCUGCACUCAUCUGUUCUGGUCGCCACGUGGCCAGUUCAUUGUUAUGGCGAAUCUGACCAUGGGCACAUUUGAGUUUGUCGAUACGACCAAUGAUUAUAUCAUUAGCGCAUCCCCCGAUCAUUUCCGCGCCUCCGAGGUCGAAUGGGAUCCGACUGGUCGCUAUGUCGUCACCGGCGUCUCCUCGUGGAAGGUCAAAGAGGAUACCGGCUUCAAUAUGUACACGUUGCAGGGUCGCAUCAUUAAGCGUACCAUUUUGAAGAACUUUGUGCAGUUCCUGUGGCGUCCACGGCCGCCAACGCUGCUCAGUGAGGAGAAACAAAAGGAGAUUAAGAAGAACCUUAAGAAGUACUAUCCAACGUUCGAGCAGAAGGAUCGCCUACGCCUGACUCGUGCCUCCAAGGAGCUGCUCGAGAAGCGCGCCCAGCUGCGUGAGACCUUCAUGGAGUACCGCAACAAGCGCAUUGCCGAGUGGAAGGAUCAAAAGAGCCGUCGCCAAAUGCUCAGAGGGCAUGUGGACACGGAUAACUUGGAAACCGAUGAAGUCGAUGAGGAAGUUGUUGAAUUUUUAGUCAAGGAAGAAAUUACCCUGCUAGAGUAAACGACCCCCGGAUACUCUGCGCCACAAAAAAAAACACAACCAAUCCCUCCCCCUACUCCACUCUCUGUUUUCACUUCAUUUCAAAGCUGGUGUCUCUCAGACUUGCGUCGAAGUGCGCCAACGUCCCGGCAGCAGCCUCCACUUGUCGGGUACUCUUUGGUUCAAUACACGCAGAGCGUCCUAAAUACUAUACGACUAAGCGUAGUCAUAUUUACAAGCUUGCGUUACAUACAUAUGCACAUAUAAAUAUAUUUAGAAAUACUUUUAUUAAUUCGAUCCUUAAGCGCAAAAGUAACGUCACAUAAAUUGAUAAUAACUGAAAACAAACACUCGAACAACCGAACAACAUUUGAUAAAAUUGUGCACAUAAUGAUAAAAUUGUCCGAAAUCAUAUUAUUAACAAUUAAAAGUAAAUUUGCAUUGUAUUUGUAUGUCAACAGCAAAAAGAAAAGGAAAAAGAAACGGCAUUUACAUUUUUACUGAGCGGGAGGGAUGGAAAUCAAUCUAAAUUAUUAAUAAAAGCCGGCUACCAUUCAAAUUCAA